AUGUCAGGUUUCGACGACGUUGACCUCCCAGCGGACACCGGGGAUGAUGCCAACCAGGAGGUCGGGGAGGAGCAGCAGCACAAGUCUUAUGUCCCGGCCGAUCAGCUGGGUCUAGCCAAUAUCACAGGCGAGGCGCCAUACCUGUCUGUCUUUGGGACUGAGCGUGCCGGGAAGCUGGUCCAGCGGUUUGUACGAACUGUUGUGCGGGACACUGGACUGUCAGUGGGCCAAGACGAUGCCGCCGGGCCGUUGAAUGGGGACGCACGCGAGGAGGCCUUGAAUAUAGCGUCGGCGUCCCUCAACGCUUUCCUGCAGGCCAAUGUCACGGGCCCCGUGCUUGAAGGCGCGGCGAAGUGUCAAGGUAUCUUUGCAGCCGCUUAUGAGAGCCUUUCUGUAGAGGCGCAGCCCCAAAAGUCAAGCCGAGGGCAGGACCAGCAGCCGAUUGAAGAGCUCAGGCGCAUAUGCCUCCGCUCACUGGAUACAGACGGUGUCUCGGUCUACACGUACAUACCGUGGAUCGAGCUAUUCUGUCUGGCGAGGUGGGUAUUCACUUCGGAGGAUGUAUUAAAACCGGCACAGAUAGGAAGCACCAGGGAGAGCUUGAAGCGGGACCUUGCUUGGAUGCGCUUCAGGGUUCAUCUAUGGCAUUACAAGCUACUUUCUCAACCAUCCCUAGGGCCCGGUUCCUUAUUCACGAAAAGUGGACGAUGGACUGAUGUGGCCACCCUACAGGAACUGAUCGAGAAAAGUCUCGAGGAGGCCGGUAAAUGUGUUCUAGGACCGGUACAUGGAAGUGAGAGGGUAGGAAAGGAUGCCAAGGUGCAGUUUCUGCUUGAGAAAGCGAACGCAGAGAUCAUGCUGGGCCACGAUAUUCAAGCCCGAGAGGAUCUGCGACAAGCGACGGAGAUCAGUAAACUCGUGUAUGCUCUCUCCGGUGCGCUCGGGAAGAGGACGAGGUUUCAACAGGAGAGCAUUAGCCAGCUGGUUGUGCUUGCCAAGAGUCACACGGAAAGGGAGGAUUAUAACGAGGAGGCCCCGGCCGAGCCCGAACCAGGGCCUAGCGCAUUGGCCUUGAAUGACGACACGCUACUCGAGAGAAUAUCGUUCACAAACGUCGACAACAAGGUGGAAGACGUUUCGCAGUCGACAUUGCCAGAUGUGUUGCAGGGUGUGACGCCAGAGAACCAACCGCGCUUGAAAGCGGAGGAUCAAAUCAUCUUGCUCACCGAGGCGACAUUGAAGGACACAUUCUCCCCAGCUGACUCGUUGACUUCGGAGGAGAUCUUGCCAUUUGCGGUCCGGGUAAUCGAGGACAAGUCGGCGAAUUGGCAAAUCUACACUCAGGCACUCCUCGUGAGAUCCCGGAUAGAGUUGAACAGAAGUCGAACGUUGGAAAGAGGUGUUUUGCAGAUGCAAGCAGUCGUCGACCAGGUUAUCGUGGAUACCGAUACACCUUCUCAGAGCCAACCGAAGGGUGCAGAAUCCGGCGGCGCCAAUGAAUACACUGGUAUUCCUGCGAUUGAGGUUUCUGGUACGGACGAUAUACAGAAGAACGGCGCAUCAAAGCCCACGUCCUUUCUGCCAGCCGCGAAACCAUCUGAAUCGGCCUCGCCACAGGUACGCUUGCGGUACGUGAACGCUUUAGCUUCGCCCCCAAGAUGGCAUUUGGAAUCAGAACUGGCUUUCGCGUGGACGUCGGUCGGCUCGUUAGUCUCCGCGCUUGAGAUCUUCAAGCGCCUGCGGCUAUGGCCCGAGGUUGCACUCUGUCUUGCCGCCAGCGCUGCCACCGAUGACGAGGACGGCCGAGGCAGCGGGGGUGAGGAAAAGGCACGCGCGAUCGUCCGGUGGAGACUCUUCCACCGUACCGGCACUUCCGCCGCAGACGACGACGAAGACGAAUAUGAUGGCCGGAUCCCCGACACCAGCAGCUUGAAAGUACAAGACUACUAUGGCCCCGAGCGUGCCCCUCCCCCGCCAAACGCCCCAAGGUUGUGGUGUAUCCUGGGUGACAUGGAAAACAACCCAGAACACUACCAAAGAGCAUGGGAAAUUUCUAACCGGCGCUUCGGGAGGGCUCAAAAGUCCCUUGGCGAACUGUACCUCCAGCAAAAAGAUUGGGCCAAGGCACGCGAAGCCUAUCGCCUUGCGGUGGGUGUCAACAGAUUGAGCCCGGAACUGUGGGGUAGACUGGGCGAUAUCGAGCUGAGAUUGGGGCACUUCCCAGAUGCUGCCGAGGCUUUUCAGCGGAGUGUCAGUUCGAGCAACGGAGAGGAGGGCGGUGAAGGGGCAAGGACAUGGAGCAAUCUGGGAACGGCACUGUUGAGUUGGUACCGGGAGAUCAUCAAGGAGAAUAAGGGCCAGACCGUAAAGGAGGUGAAGCGCGUCAAUGACGAUGAGGAAGACUUGGAUACACCGACGAGCAAGGAGGAGGAAGGAGAAGGCUUAGACGCCACUGCGAUGCCAGCGACUGCUCGUGCCGCCGCACUCAACAAGCCUGCCUACAAGCUCAUUCAAGACGCCCUCCAAGCAUUCAAGCGCGGCGCCACUAUUGCCAGCACGAACUGGCGAAUCUGGGACAACGUCGUCACUCUCGCAGCCUCGCUCUCGCCGGAGCCUGCACUCGACGACGUCAUCUUGGGCACAAGGAAUGUUAUCAGAAUCCGGGGCAACGAAGAGGCGCUCGAUGCCGAAGUUCUGGGACUUCUCCUAAGAGAGGUGACCAAGGAGCCGCCGGCAAGCACUGGGGAGGCCGUCCACCAACCAGAUCGCGGGAGUCUGCAAAGCAAGGUCAUUACGCUAUUCGAGGACAUCAUCGUCCCGCUCAUAACAGCCAACUCCGAGGUUUGGUCCCUGAUCUCGCGCCUCCGUGCGUGGCGCCGUGACUACGCCGGUGCCUUGGACGCCGCAGAGAAGGGUUGGCGGGCGGCAACGGGCGGCGGGGCGGCGAGCUCGCUCUCGGCAUCGUCGACGACGACGACGUCUCCUACGGCUGGCAAGUGGCAGUCGGGCGAGAGCAAAGACGCCUGGGAGACUGUGGUGUCGAGGACGAGCGAACUGGUGGCUGCAUAUGAGAACUGGGGACCCAGAGUCGAGGCGGUUGGCGACCGGUGGAGGGGCAAGGCGAGGAGCGCCGCCAGGAGUGUCAUGGGCAAGGGCAAGGAGAGCUGGGAAGGGAGUGAAGGCUGGAGCUUGCUGGAGGGACUGAUGGCAGAUCUGAAGAUAUGA